AAUUUAAAAAUGGUAAUAAAUACUGUAAAAAUUUUGGAACGAAAAAUUGGCAUUACCCGCUUUACUUUCUUGUCGUGGAAGAUCGUAGCUUGAUGAACGCAUUUUGAUGGAUUCGAUCCCAAGCUUUGAAGGCCUGAAUUCUCAGGUUCCCAAUUUGCGGUCUUCUUUUUCAUUCCCUUCUGAGCCCCCUGAUGUUGGGAAUUGGUUCUCUAGCUAUGAGUAUCAGUCUCCCGACCCGGAUUCGAAUUUUAGAGUUAAAGAUUCUGCUUUCACGGAAAACGAGUCUCAGGGAGAUGGUGAAGAAGUUGUAGAAGAAAAGGUUAGGAUUCGAGGUCUACGGCCUGAUAGGGACAAUGUAGGUCAUGAAGAAGAGGAUAAUCAUAACGAAGAACAGUGCAUGAACAAGAAUCUUGGACCUUUCAGUUCAUGUUCACUCCUUUCUGAGCCUCCUGACAUCAGAAACUGGUUUUCCAGCUAUGUUUACGAGUCACCUGAGUUUGAUACAUGUAGUAUUUUAAGAGAUGAAGUUUCUGAAGAGAACCACUGUGAGAAGUUUGAUUUUAAAGUCGUGAAAGCAGACGGAAGCAAGCCUGCCAAUGGCUACUUGAAAGGGUGUGUUGAGCACAAUGACUCCUCUAAUAAUAAAACAAAGGGUGAUGAUUGUGCUGAAGUGAAGAAAAAUUCAACUACAGUUGACACUCAUCAGAAAAAGAUUUUGCAGCCAUGCAGGCAAGUUAGAACAAUGCUGCAGCAUAAACAUGGUCCAACUAAUUACAAGGAGACGUUGGAUUUGAAUCACACAAGGCCUCAGUACGAUCGAGAAGGACAUCCAAUGUCACUGGAUACCGAUAAAAGUGCUACGAAACCUCCUAAGCUGCUGCAUAAGAACGAUUCCCAAAUAUCAAACACAACUGAUAUCCAACCUGAUAACAAGCUUGACUUGAGUGUAACUGCAACUAAAACCUUCUCAACAAGAACUGCAGCCUGUACAAACAAUAAAGAAAAUGACGGCUUUGUGACAACAAGGAAGAAAAUUUUCACAGGAGGAAACGAUGAAAAUUGUGGGAAGAAACCUGAAAAGAUAUUGUUAGAGCGGUCAGUAAGUACAGUAAAAAUUCCAUUGCAAUGUGGUGUUACAAAGAGAAAGGCAUUAACAGAAUCAACAAAUGUUCAACUAUAUGAUGACAUAGGGAUAACAGGGAAAUGGCAAUGCCCACAGAAACGUAAACCUGAUGUUGGGCCAGCUAUGAAACAACUUAGGCUCGAGCGCUGGGUUCGUAGAUUAUGAGACCUGAGAGAAACAUUAUUCCAUGAAACAACUUUUUCAUGGUUAGUGUUCUAAGGUAGAUCGAUUAAACACCAGAUAAAAACAUUUGAUUGCAUUAUGUAUGAUUUCCAUUCUGUUAUUAUACUUAGUAUUUAAGUGUGACUGAAAGUUUCAAGGGUAAAAUUAAUAAAAUUAAAUAUCGUAU